AAAGAAAACGCGUUCUCCAUCUUUGAAUUCCCAUAAAGUCUAUUAAAGAAAAAAUAAUACUAUUAAGAAAUUGUAUCAUCUUUGUGUAUACAAAAUAAAGUAAUGCCACCAAAGAAAAACAAAGGAAUGGAAGAUAUAACACCCAUUUCUAAGGAUAAAGAAGAGGAAAUGAGCUCAGCCCUCAUUGCUCAGCUUUUGGCAGAAGACGCAAUGGCAGGCAACGAUCACUAUUAUGCUGAAUAUAGUAACGAUUCCAGAGCGUAUGAUCCCUAUCAAUCAAGAGAGGAAUUUGACGACAGUUACGAAGAUAACUCAGAGGACGAGUUUAAUCCGAAAAAGAAGUACACGCCCAAAUACCCAAAAGCCAAAAGGGGCCGUAAAAGAAAAUCAACAGUUAGGAAAGAUGAAGAGGCACAGGAAGCCCCUACAUCUGACAAGGACCUAACAACUUCUGAAGUGGCACCUGUCCCGGAGAAGAAAGUUAACAAAAAACCUAGAAAGCCCGUGCCUGAAGGAUACAACACAGGCAUAUACACAGAUUUGGAGGAGCAGAAAUUUAUCGAAGCACUGGAAUUAUUCGGUAGAGACUGGACAAAGGUUCAAACACACGUUGGCACGAGAGAUGCCAAUUCUAUUCGUAGUCAUGCUCAGAAGCACUUCAUAAAACUGUACAGAGAUCAGAUACCUUUACCAGAAAAGGUAAGAGAAUCUGGAGAAGGGUAUACACUAUCCGGUAAUCCCCUGGAUCCAAACUCUUCAGCAGCCCAAGCCUAUUUGAAACGUGGUGCACCAAAAACCAACACAACGAAAAAGCCACCACCUGCAGUUGAAAAGAUCGAAGACAAAAAAAUCGUUGAGCCAAUGGAAGCAAUGGAAAUAACAGAAAACAAAACAGAAGAUAAAGUGAUACCUGCUUCUGAUGAAACGAAAGUAACCGAUGACAAAACAGCUGUUGCUGUUAACAAAGGCAUCACGGAAGGAGUUGAAAAGCAGACAGAAGCACUUAAGAUCAGCGAGAAAAAGGAGAAAGCCCAUACAAAAUCAUCGACUAGUUCAUCAUUGACGACAAACAAGUCUGAUGUGUACGACUCAUCCGGGAGAACAACGUACGCGAGUACCCGCCUGAGAAAACAACGAGACGCGUCCUCUUUGAACUACGGACAGAUUACCAAAAACGAAGAUCCAUUGACAAUGAUAAAGUGUGAGCCAUUCAUCGGAAAGCCCGGAUCGAAUGUAAGCGGAUGCCAACCGUUCGAAAUAUCAGUCGACUCGAACGUACUAUUAGCGAUGGAUUUCCAUGCCCAUCUUAUGGAAACAGAAAUUAUCGGCUUCCUGGCUGGCGAAUGGAACAAUGAAACCAAACGGAUGCAUAUUAGAGAAGCGUAUCCUUGCAAAUCAAUUGAAACUGGUCAAAAUGAUGUUAACGUGGAAAUGGAUCCAACAAGUGCUAUUGAGACUAGACAGAUAAUUGAAGAACGUGAUAUGAAAGUUGUUGGCUGGUACCACUCACAUCCUAGAUUUAUACCCGACCCCAGUCUCGUCGAUAUUGAGAAUCAGCGCAACUAUCAAACAUUAUGUCGAGAGGAGCAUAAAGAAGGUGAAAUAGCGGAAGCAUACGAACCAUUUGUGGGCGCUAUCGUGGGGCCCUAUGAUCCAGCGCUGCCUGGUUCCGCUAGCGUCAUCAAUUGGUUUCAUGUCUCCACGUCUGGCAGCGGAGAUAAUAAAAAUGUGCCUAAGAGACUAAUAUAUGAUCUGAAAGAGAAUGAAAACAUUUCUCAACUGGAAACUGAAAGAUUGUUUGAUCUACUCGAAUUAUACAAAGACUCUCCAGAAAGGGUGGCAUUUGCUGAGCAUUGGAGACAGGAUGCGUCAGAGACCAAACUACAGAAGCUGAUUAAAAGUUUAGGAACGCGAAUGCCAUGGGUUCAAAAGCGAAUCAAGGAUAAUAUGGCAGUGAAAGAUAUGUUUUUAGAACAAGUUCAAGCCAAAUUGAAGGAUUGGUAAUGAUUGUGAAGCUUCUCUGUUCAGAGGAGCGUUAUUUGACGUGUAGAUAUCCUACUCUUAAUAAAAAUCACUGUGGUUCCCGAAAUAUAGCGAAUUACAUCUUAAGAAAUUUCUUAACAUUGGAUGGACCAUAGUUUGCAGUUGUAAUCAGAAGUUCAACUUCAAAACAUAGUAUUGCC